AUGGCAAUCUUACGCCCUUCCACCUUCGCAAUCCAACUUCUCCCACCACCCCCAGUACCCUUUAACCUCACGGCUCCACUCAUCAUCAACAAACCCGCAACUGAGCUCUACCAAAUCAACAGCACCCAUCCUCUAAUCGUCGACACUUUCACCGAUGCAGAACGCAACAACAUCGGAUUCUGGCACGGGCCCAGCAGCACCCUUGCAACCGAAUACGGCGAUGGCUAUGUGCGUCUGCAUGCCUCCGACCCAGAUGAGAACUACCACACCCAGCUUGCACCAGCAACAUGUUUUGAUAUGCAGCCAUACCGCGAUAUGUACCUUCACGUGGUCUUCUCGGGAACGACCAAGUUCAGCAUCUCGCUAAACCAGCAUAAUGAGGAGUGUGACUCGCGUCGAAGUCCGUUCCUAGAGACAUGGGAUACCGUCGAGGCAGGCCGUUAUGCGUGGGGGAACGAUAUCUACGUGCCUCUCGACCAUUUCAAGAUCGACCAGAGACGAACAAUGUCGGUGUCAUUCCAUGGUUUCUAUUCUUGGGAAAGCUUGACCCUGUUCAAGGUGGAGAUUGUGUCGCGGGUUCCACGUGGGUUCUACAUACCUCCUAAGGCUGAGGAUGGGAGCCUGUUUCUUCGCUGUACGAGGCCGAACUCGUUUGCAUUUGGCAUUGACGAUGGGAUGCCGGGGUUGGUGCGGGAUAUUAUGAAGAUCUUGGACGAGGAGAAUAUUCUGGCUACCUUCUUUGUGGUGGGUGCUGGGCUUCGGGACCGGGAGGCCAAUUUCUCCCAAGUGUACAGAGAGAUGCUACAGCGUGGGCAUCAGAUUGCUCUACAUUCAAACACACAUCAGAAAAUAGAGGGUCUCGAGACAAUCCAGAGUAUUGAUGAGGAGAUUAUCCAGAAUAUUGAGACAUUCCGAGAGACUCUUGGGAUUGAAUCUCGUUACUUCCGGCCGCCGUAUGGUACCGUUGGAGCAAGGACCCGUCAGCGUCUAGCGUUGUAUAUCAAGGAUCCCCAGAUCAUUAACUGGAGUGUCGACAUCGAAGACUGGCUGUGGGCUGACACCAAAACCCCUGAGAGACAGAGAGAUGCCUUCUUUCGCGACGUGGGACGAGGAGGCAAUUUAGUCGUGAUGCAUUAUCUGAACCCGAGUACCGUCAAGUACUUUAGAGAAUUCAUCCGAUUCGUCAAGAGCAUCAAUCUCGAUAUUAUGCGGGUGGAUCAGUGCCUAGAGGAUCCGGACAGUCCACCACUCAAGGGUUAA